GUCCGUUACGCCGCUACCGAAAUCGAGAACGCCAAGAGCGCCCGCGCUCGCGGUUCCUACCUCCGUGUCUCUUUCAAGAACACCCGUGAGACCGCUCAGGCCAUCAACGGCUGGAAGGUCACUCGUGCCCUCCAGUACCUCGAGAACGUCAAGAACCACGCCGAGGCCGUCCCCAUGAGACGUUAUGCCGGGAGCACUGGCCGCACCGCCCAGGUCUGCCAGCUGCGAGGAUGCAUAUGGGGAUUGAAAUUCGGUGUCUCCAAGGCCCGCUGGCCCGUCAAGUCUGCCGAGUUCAUCCUCUCGCUCCUCAAGAACGCCGAGGCCAACGCCGACACCAAGGGUCUUGACACCUCCAACCUGAUUGUCAAGCACAUCCAGGUCAACCAGGCCCCCAAGCAGCGCCGCCGCACAUACCGUGCCCACGGUCGCAUGAUCCUCACUGAGGGCGAGGAGGUCGUUCAGAAGGCNGCCCCCGAGGCUGCCGGUCGUGAGGCCGUCCGCCUUAACAACCGCCAGCGCGCUCAGCGCAACCGCCGCGCCAUCACCGCCGCAUAA